AUGCAAAGCAAGGACGACGACGCGCUGCCCGAGGGCUGGACUAAGCGCGAGUCGACGUCGCAGCCGGGCCGCUACUACUACGUGUCCCCGACCGGCCAGACGCAAUGGUACCCUCCGCGUAAGGCGGCAGCCGCGGCCGCGCCCAAGGCCUUCAACUGGCGCUGCGAGAUCGAGAUCGAGUUCGGGGCUGGGCGACUCGGCGUCGGUCUCAAGGAGGUCCCACAGACGACGUCGAUCCCAUUCCCCAUGUUCCAGGCUGAGGUCGAGGAGCUCCCGAAACUCCCUGGCGGCAAGCCCGGCCCGGCCGAGAUCUACAACUGGAGCGUCAAGCCCGACAAGCGCCUGUACCCUGGCAUGCGCCUCACGCAGAUCAACGGCUUUGUCCUCGCGGGCUGCAAGUACACAGAGGUCGUCGACAAGCUCAAAAAGGCCGACCGGCCCGUCAAGCUCAAGUUUGCCGACGCGGCGCGUGGCGUGUUUGACAAGGACGAAGCGAUGCCCGAGGCCGAGACCGAGGCGCCCAAGAUGGCGCCGGCGCUGGCGUACCCGCCCAUGUCGGCCUUUAGCGUCCAGAAGCAAAAGAAAGAGGAAUACAUGCAGCUGCUCGUGUCGAGCGAGCUCAGCACAGAGAUGUGGCAGCUCGAGACGCAGAAGAUCCAGUCGCAGCACCGCCAAGUCGCGCUCAAGUGGGACCUCCUCUCCAAGUCGUUCAAUGCGCUUAUGGAGCAGCAACUCAAGUGCAAGAAGGAGAUUGAAGUCGCGACGUACGAGCAGUCCAAGUACACGGAGAUGCUCGAGCAGCUCAAGCAGCAGGAGUCAGGCGCCGUUGUGUCGCCCGAGGUGCUCAAGACGCAGGAGCUCAGCGCCAAGAACGCCGAGCUCUCGCAGGACAUUAAUGCGAUGAGCGCCGGCAACAAGAAGCUGCGCAAGGAGCGCGAGGCCAACCAGAAGCUCCUCGACGAGCUCGAGGCGCAGGUGACGGCCGAGGCGCUCAAGACUGCGACCAACGCGCCGGCGCCCGCCAAGCUCUCGGUCGACGAUUGGUGCGGCAUCGACCCGGCGCUAAGUCCGCGACGAAAGCUUGAGCUCUACGCGCAAAAGAUGGCGUUGCUCGAGUACGAGCUCAAGAAGGAAGAGCAGCGCGCCAAGCAAGCCGAGACCGAGCUCGCGGGCCUCAGUCGUGCGUAUUGCGAGGAGUCGGACAUUGCCAUGGACACGAUGCGCGGCUCCAUUCCGCGCCCAAGCGAAGAGGUAUCACCGGCGCGCCCGACGCUCAAGAGCAUCGACGAGGACCUACCACCGCCGCCGUCGUCGAGUGCUGUGAUGCCUCCAAUCCUUAUGGGCUCGACGCGCACCGGGCUCCACUCGCAGCGCAGCGAGCGGACACGCAGUGGCAGCAGCAACGGCGCCGCUGUUCUCAAGCGAGCAGAGAGCACCCGGAGCACCAAGUCGGACGCACCAAUGACUGGCUCGAGCCGCAACCUCACUCGUGCCACAAGCACCACCCCGGCGUCGAUGACGCCACCGCAGCUUGCCCGCGAGGGCUUUUUGGAGAAAUUCCCGACGCACUUCAAUCAAGAAGGCGGCAUGUUCAAGUCGAUGCGCAUCAUGCGCGGUGCGCGUGAGCGCUGGUGUGUGCUCACGCCCCAGGGCACGCUGCUGUACUACAAAAAGCGAGGGGAUGCGACGCCGCGGGCAGAGAUCCCGCUCAACGACUCAAGUCUCGAAGUCGUUUGCGAUGCGCUUGUCAACAACUACAGCGCCAAGUCGACAAAGGAGCUCACGUUUACCAUCAGCACGACCCUUGCGCAAAACAAGUUUCAAGCCGCGUCUCUCGAAGAGCUGCGGUCGUGGGUCACGGCGAUUCGGCAAGUGCACGCGUUUUGGAUGUCGUCAGGCCAUGAGGCAAAAGAAGACCAAGCGCUCCAGCGAUUAGUCGACGAAGAGCAGCAGCAGCGCACGCAGCAUCGCCGCGCUGUCGAGUUUUAA